AUGGCGCACAAAGUUCUUUCAACAUUCGUACUUGAUGGUUUCGAAAAAUUACUAUGCGCUCAUGGUGGUUGGGAAACGAUUUGUCAUGCUGCUCAUCUGACUGGUAACCGUAUGAAAUUAAUGAGUAAUGCUCUGGCUGCAAUUGAAUGUUUGAUAAAACGUCAUCCACGUAUGCGUACUCGACUACGCGUUGAAGCGAAUAGCUAUUUUCUAGAUACUCUUGAAUACAAUCCAGAAUAUCUAUCGAAUGAUUUGUUCUUUUCGACGAUAGACUCUAAUGAAAGUUCGUGGCAAUAUGUUGUUGAACGUCGAUGUAAUCAAGAUCCGUAUUCGACUGAUGGCACAUUGAUUUUUCCACUUUUUCAUUUCAUGCUACUAUUUAAUUCAAACGCAUUAGAGACCGAAGAUCGAUUUCAUUUGCUUCUCUUUGAAAGUCAUUGUGCGUCCGAUGGUCGAAGUGGAUUAGUUCUCGUUAACGAUUUCCUAACGUUGGUAACAUCAUCAAAUCUAAAUCCCACAUCUGAACCACUCAAUGCUGAUAUUCUUCCAAUGAUUAGUAAUUUAAUUCCUCGUCCAUUUGGUCCUUUCUAUCCAAUAUUGUCCUUUCUUGGUAGGCAUAUCUACCAACGUGAACUUCGAAAAUUAACUCGACCGAGAAUUCCUGUCAAACUCAAUCCAUUGCCCGAUAGUCAAUCGAGUCGGUUUGAUGUACCACAAUACUAUACGAAAUUCCUCUUUUCUUCGAGUUCUUCUGAUCUCUAUGUUAAUAUGCAUAAACAAUGUCGAUUGCAUGAAGUAACAUUGAAUGGUCCAUUGCUUGCAUGUCUUAAAUUGGCUAUUCAUCAUUGUUUUCCACUUGGUGAUGAUACAAAAUUGCAACCGUUUCCGAUUGGUACUGCCUUCGAUAUGCGUUCACGUCUUCCCAGAUCGGCUUUAACAAAAACAUCUGUCGGAGUCUUUAUUGGUGUUAGCGAAGUAAAACUUCGUCGAUCACUUUCAAUAAGAUCUGCUCGAUUUUGGUCUUUGGCAAAGAAAUGCAUGGUACUUACUCGUAAUCAAUUGAAAUCUGAAGGUGUUCCAUUAGUUAUGAAUCUUUUAACUGAUAUUACUACACAGGACCGGAGUUUUGCACGAUUUACUCGAAGUCUACCUGAUGGACAUCAUUCCGAAUUGGCAUUUUCAAACAUUGGAAAAUAUCCAUUUUCGUGUGAAUACAAUCACGACGAAAUUUGCUUGCGUGGUUUACAUGUCAUCAACAAUAGCAGUGUGUAUCGGACAACAGCAGUAGUAUUUGUCACAUGUGCCGGUGAUGGUCAGUUAGACUUUUCAUUAGCUCAUGAAAUAGAUAGUGAUGAGCGAGCUCAGCAAUUUUUAAACGUAUUUCUCCGUCUCAUUGAAAUAUGUGCCAACGAAAAACUUUGUCGACGAGAAACAACACUCGAUGAUCUUUUGAAUGCUUUAUCCACUCAUUAA